UUCCCUUUGAAGAAACCAGAAGCCUCUGUGUCAAAGAAUUGAUUGGAAGAUGUCUAGACCUGGUCCAAGGCCUUAUGUCUUUGAGAGAAAAGCUUGGCACAGUGAUACUCACCAACCCAUGAGAGGUUCUCUUGUUCAAGAAAUCUUCAGAGUUGUGAAUGAAAUUCAUAGCUCAUCAACUAAGAAGAACAAGGAAUGGCAAGAGAAGCUCCCUGUUGUGGUCUUGAAAGCUGAAGAAAUCAUGUAUUCAAAAGCAAAUUCUGACGGUGAGUACAUGGACCUUAAAACCCUCUGGGAUCGAACAAACGAUGCUGUUAACACAAUCAUUAGACGAGAUGAGAGUACUGAAACUGGAAAACUUCUUCAACCUUGUAUUGAAGCUGCUCUUAAUCUAGGAUGCACACCAAGAAGAACCUUGAGGAGCCAACGAAAUUGUAGUCCAAGGUGUUACCUUAACUUGGCUACUCAAGGAAAUCUCAUGGCUAACUCACAUUGCUUGGCUAGCCUUACGAAACCGCAUCCACAAAUGUGAUUCGAUGGAGCUUUGAAUCUCCAAAAUACACUGAC